ACGGUGCCGUUUCACAAGGAAUCGGAAUCGGAAUCGAGGGAUUUUGGACAUGGUGGGUGCAACAAUGGUGCAUCUUCUGGUUGCGUCUUCCUUAGAAGAUAGGAACAAACCGAGGUGCUGAAGAUGAAGGAGAACGAUAACGGCAACGAUAGGGUUUCAGUUUGUGGUGGUCGACUCACGCGAUCUCAAGCCGCACCUGAUUGGAGCGUAACCGAAUCGCUGAUUCUGGUGAACGAGAUCGCGGCGGUGGAAGCCGACUGCUCCACAGCCUUAUCCUCGUACCAGCUGUGGAACAUCAUAGCCGGAAACUGCUCCGCCUUGGGCGUCGGUCGGAACCUCAGCCAGUGCCGGAGGAAGUGGGACGCGUUGCUCUCCGAAUACGACAAGAUCACGUGCUCGCACAGGGCUAGGGCUAACGCUAACAAACUCGGGUUGCCACAGAAUUUUGACCCUGAGUUGUUUAAGGCGAUUGAUCGAGUUGUGAAGGCGCGUGAAGAACGAGGCGAGGUUGAACCCCAAAGCGAUCCUGAACCGGGGAAUGAGGAGGCGCGUGAUCUCACCGUCGAAAUUGGGUCCAAAAGAAAAAGGCAACGAAGUAAAUCUGAGAGAUAUCAUGCAGAAAAGCCUAAGAAAUGCAUGCCAGUGGAGUCUUUAGAAAAGCUCUGUGAAGAACAGGAUCAAAGAGGCUUUCUUGAACAAAGGCCCGUGGAAAGCCAUGAAGAAGAGCCCGAGAAUCAUCAUUUAGAAGAAGAGUAUUUGAAAGACUUUCUAGAAGAGAAACCUAAGUUGAAAUGUACUGCAGAAAAGCCUCCAAAGGGUAACAUAGAGAUACCACUGAAGAGCCUUGCUGAAGUAGAGCUUCACGAAAACCAUGGCAUUGAGAGGCCAAAACCCACUGGUGUAGAAAACAUAACAAUUUGCAGGGAAGAAAAUGAGGAAAUAAUGACUCUGAAAUUGCAAGAGCUGGCAGUAGAGAUUGAAGCAAUUGCUUCUGAAUCAGCAAACUAUAAGGUAGCUGGACCACAGAAUGUAGAGGACUAUCAUACUGAAUUCACAAGACGCCAAGGGGACAAGCUCAUAGCAAGCCUGGGAAGUUUUUCAAGUACCCUUAAGCAGCUAUGUGAUCUUCUCCAAGAGUGUAAUUGAGCAUUACAAGUUGCUUUCUAUAAUUGUUUUCUAUCCUUAUUAGUGAAUGAAUGCAGCGUCGGAGAAUGCUGUUUAUACUUUUGUUCACUCACUCUGCUUUUCUUAUGAUUAGUAAAUUGUUAGAAGACUAAUUUAUCUACUAGCUACAAAUUUCACGUUAUUCUCGAAACUGU